AUGGUUACAGCAGUUCAAAAUAGCAUUUCAGAAAAAUGUGAUGAUACUCUCACUCACUUAAAAUUAGAAACCGCCUCUCAUGUGAAUCCAUUGCCUGCAUUCAACACGAACGUACACAUCCCCGAUGAUAAAUGGCUUAGUACCUUCAAGUUGCCGAUACAGGUACUGUUGGCAAAUUGUAGCCAUUUAGUAUUUUACUCUGUGACUCUGUCUAAUCCCUGACAAUUUAAAGUGUCAGUGGGCAAUUUUAAGUCUUCAUCUGCUUUUAUGACCUAAUUGAUUUACUAAUUACUAAUAUAUGCAUCCACUUUUAAGUUUUCUCCAAGCGUGACAGCAAGCCUCCAAAAUGGUUAUCCACCAGGAAAUGUACGAAAUGAAUUCACCAGAGAUAUAUGUUCGGCUAUCAGAGUUCAUACCAUGGGGGAGAUAGAAAAUUAAGUUUAUUUCUGAUGAACAUCAACCAAAUAUUUGAAUGGAUACCAUUGCUAACAUGCAGACUAAAUAAAAAGAAAAAAACAGACCAUAUCUAGAUGCAUUUAUUGUCAAAUGCUUAAAUGCAUGUUCAAAUGACUAAACAUACGAUGUAAUGCUAAGACAGUCAGUGUUUAUUGGACUGAUUUACAGUAUACUAGAGACAGAUGACCCGUCUGGACAAACUUUAGGUAAAGAAAAGAUAGUUUGCCCGAUAAUUCAUCUGUGUAUACUUGUUCUAUCUGUGUAUACUAUUCAUCUGUGUAUACUUAGACAAGCAGACAGAUCAUAUCUGCCAAAGAAACAUAAAACCAUAUAUUAUAUUUAAAUAUAUUCAGAACUUUCCGGAAGUUGAAAUACCCGCUCCGGUGCACCCUUAAAGGUGAUAUGUAUGUAAUUGGAUACUAGUCUAUAAUGGAUACAAUAUAAUGGAUACAAUGAAAUAGAUAAUAGAUCAAAUUAAACUAUUUUUAUUAAUUUAUAUUAUAGGCAUCGUGGGAACGAGCAAUCAAGUACAGAUUUAAAAACAUGAGGAAGCGUAAGAUAUCGUUAAGGGCAUGUUGUAAAACCUGGACUGGACUUGUAAAACCUGGACUGGACUCAGAACAAUACGAAAAACUAGUUUCAUAUUAAUCUAAAACAUGGACUGGACUAAUUUGUAAAACAUGGACUGGACUCAUUUGUAAAUCAUGGACUGAACUCAUUUGUAAAACAUGGACUGGACUCAUUUGUAAAACAUGGACAGGACUCAUUUGUAAAACAUGGACUGGACUAAUUUGUAAAAAUGGACUGGACUCAUUUGUAAAACAUGGACUGGACUCAUUUGUAAAACAUGGACUGGACUCAUUUGCACAACAUGGACUGGACUCAUUUGUAAAAUAUGGACUGGACUCAUUUGUAAAACAUGGACUGGGCGGAUUUGUAAAACAUCGACUGGUAUUUUCUUCUAUUGAUGAAUACAUUGAUAUUUUCUUUUAUUCAAUUUGACCAGACGAAGAUUGUUUUUUGUGUCAUUUAGUCACUGAGUUCUCAAAGUUAAAGGUGCUGUGCAUUGUGCCACCCUUCGAAGAAUGUGAUUCAGUAGUGUCGGCAAACGUAGAAAAGUUCAAACUUUUUCAAUUUUGAAAGGUGUAUCAAUUAUAUAUUAUAAAGACUAUAGCUUUACUUAGGUACAACAAUAUGCAAUCUCAGAAAAACGGCUUUUUAUUCGAUUAGGUAUAAUUAAAGCCUAUUUUUAUUUUAUUUUUAGAGUUGCUAUCUGAAAGGACUGGCUCCCGAUAAUGGAUAUUUCACAGUAAUAUGAUGCAGAAGUAAUCAAAAUUGUCAUUUUUCACAAUAUCCACUAAUCCACCGCGUACAUCCAAAUAAACCCCUUGGAAACCCCCAAAUCUAUUUUUGUUCCUCUGAAAUUGUCUCAAAGAAUACAAAUUACUUCUGCCAAGCAUGUUUUCGCCAAAAUAUAAACUAGAAUUGUUUGUUAUUGUUUGUCGUUUUUCUCUCGAGUUAACAAAAUGGCAGCCAGUUGACUAUUUCUAAGGUAAAACAAACGGCAAAUCUAGCCAAAUUUGAUUGGAAACGAUUCACCAAAGAAAAGAAUCUGGGAAGUGGCGGUUUUGGAAACGUUUAUCUCGGAAAAUAUGAAGGAGAAAUCGAAAAAGUCGUCGUAAGGAAGAUGAAAGGUGAAAACUACAACGAAACUCACGUUUUAUUAAAGAGGCAAAACUUUUAAACGUAACGCAGGGCCCGAGAAAUAUAGUGAAAUUUUUAGGGUUUUGUGAAGAGCUGGGCUCUAUAUUGAUGGAAUACGCGUGCUUUGACUUUGGCCCGUUUGGUAUACAAAAACGUGCCAGCACUUUGUCGAACUUUCUUCACCUCGUCGAUGACGAUUUUGACUUUACAUCAUUUGCAGAACUGUUGCCAGUAUGUGCUAAGGAUAUAAUAACCGGUUUGGAGUAUCUCCAUAAUAAGAACAUUGCCCACAAAUAUCUUAAACCAGCUAACAUCUUAGUCUAUAACCAACAUUACAGUAACCCGUGCCUCAUAAAAACUGAUUUCAAAACUGCCUACGCCGAAUGCCCAAUUGUUUGUAAGCUGGCAGAUUUCGGUCUAAGUAAAUCUCUUGAACUACAAACCAUGAGGUAG